AUGCCGCUCAACCCGUCCAUUGCUCUCUCACCCUCCCGCACCUCGGGUGGUCCGUCGCGGACAGCAAUUCAACGAAGACACUUUACUUCUGAAAAUGGUGCUGCGUCGUUCAUGAUCGUCCUCCUCGCACCGGACCCUAAUUUGCCGGGUUGGACCGAAGCUUCAAUCACACCUGAUCGUCUCUUCAUCCACCCUGUGGACGUGUGCACUCUGAGGGGAGCAUGUCUACCAACAAACCACACGACCCUAGCCAAGUUGAGUUACACGAUGUGGCCGGCUUUCAGUGAGAAGCGCGUAUAG